UACAGGGAUCCCUAGCUAACAAAGUGAAAGAGAAAGUUGCCCCGCCCUGCCCCGCGGCCAAUCGGAGAGCCCCUGGCUGCCUCCUAGUCGCUUAUCUCCUCCUAGUUGAGUUUGAGUCAAGCUGCUGGCUGGAGCUGUGGAGGAUCCUGGAGGGGCUGUGCACCCAGGCAGUGGGGUGACGCCUUGCAAUAUCCCUGAGAGUGGAGGAGCAGCUGCCUCUUGCGUCGGUCCCACAAGCCCUCACCUACCCACCGCAGCUGCUGCCGCCGCUUCUCCCCCGCCCCUGACGUCGGCCCUGUACUGCCUGGUGACCACCUCAGCCGGUCCUGCCUGCCUGUCAGAAUUAAAUGGCUGAUAAACAGAUCAGCCUGCCAGCCAAACUCAUCAAUGGUGGCAUCGCUGGGCUAAUUGGGGUGACCUGUGUGUUCCCCAUCGACUUGGCCAAGACGAGGCUGCAGAACCAGCAGAAUGGCCAGCGCAUGUACUUGAGCAUGUCUGACUGCCUGAUCAAGACCAUCCGUUCAGAGGGCUACUUUGGCAUGUACCGGGGAGCGGCUGUGAACUUGACCUUGGUCACUCCUGAGAAAGCCAUCAAAUUGGCAGCUAAUGACUUCUUCCGGCAUCAGCUUUCGAAGGAUGGGCAGAAGCUGACACUGCCCAAGGAGAUGUUGGCAGGCUGCGGGGCUGGCACCUGCCAGGUGAUUGUCACCACCCCCAUGGAGAUGCUCAAGAUUCAGCUGCAGGAUGCAGGCCGAAUUGCUGCCCAAAAGAAGCUUCUGGCUGCUCAGGCCCAGCUCUCAGCCCAGGCAGGAGCCCCAACCUCCAUGGAGACACCUGCUGCGCCUCGGCCCACAGCUACCCAGCUGACCCGAGACCUGCUGCGGAGUCGUGGCAUCGCUGGCCUCUACAAGGGACUUGGGGCCACACUGCUCAGGGAUGUCCCCUUCUCCAUUGUCUACUUUCCCCUGUUUGCGAACCUGGACCAGCUAGGCCGCUCAGCAUCAGAGGAGAAGUCACCUUUCUAUGUAUCCUUUCUGGCUGGCUGUGUGGCAGGGAGUGCGGCUGCCGUGGCUGUCAACCCCUGUGAUGUGGUGAAGACACGGCUCCAGUCCCUGCAGCGUGGAGUCAACGAAGACACUUAUUCUGGCUUUCUGGACUGUGCCAGGAAGAUCUGGCAGCACGAAGGACCUUCUGCCUUCCUGAAGGGCGCCUACUGCCGUGCACUGGUCAUCGCUCCCCUGUUCGGCAUCGCGCAGGUCGUCUAUUUCCUGGGCAUUGCUGAGUCCCUACUGAGGCUGCUACAAGAACCCCAGGCCUGAGCCCACUGCAAGGGUGGAGCAGGGCAGCUGGUUCAGGACUGAGAGGGAAGGUCUCCCUCCAGGCCUCCCCAGUCAGUGGGGGUGGGGUGGGCAGGGGGCAGGGUCCAUGGGGUGGUGCACACACAGGCCCCCGUGGGCCUGUGGGUAUCAUCAUUGGGAUCAAUGUCUUAUCUAUGUAGAAAAAUGCAGAUAUCUGUACAUUCCUUGAGCUAGACCAUGAUCCAGUCUUGUCCAGACUGAGCACCCCCAGGGACAGAGCUGGUCUCUGGGCUGGGGACCCCAGUUCUGGGCUGAGCAAGCUGGACUCUACACCCUAUCACUGGCAUCCAAGGCUCUCCUGGUUUACAAAGGGGACCCCAGACAAACUUAUUUAUUGAAUCUGCUGUGCCCGUGUGGCUCUGCCUGACCUGUCCAUCCAUCCAUUGUCCCUGCUGCUCACCUCCCCUUGGCCAGCUUUGCAGGAAAUGUGGGGGUGUUCAUAGUGAGUGCUGGCCCCCAGGCUAAGUGGUCCACUGUGGGACCUUCUGGUGGGACCUCUGUCCCUGGCCCAGGUUGUGUGUGCAGAUGCAGGUGUGCAGAUGCAG